ACAUACACACACUUAAAAAAAAAGCCAGAACUCAUAGCACAUGUCUGUAAUACCAGGACUCAGGAGGUAGAAGCAAUAGGAUCGAUAGUUCAUGGUAACCCUCCCCUGCAGUGUCUGAGCCAGCCUGGGCUACAUGAGACCCUAUCUUAAAACAAAACAAAAAUAAAUACAGAAAACUAGUUUCCUCUGUUUCCAAAGGUGUAAAAGUGUCCUGAGACCAAAAUGUUGGUGAAGCGUCCUGGUCUGGGUGCUUUUCCUUAUUCUGUGGGCCACCUCCAGCAGGGAAUUGAAUGUUAUAACUGUAUUCAAGACCCUCUGACUGAUGGCUGGACGCAUAGUGCUUGCUCCGCAUCUCUCCUUUGUUUUACCUUCCUGCUGCUUUCAAAUCUAGGGGUUCUUUUAGGUACAGAAAGGUUGGCACACUAGCCUUAAAUAGGGGCAGUUCUUCCAAGUGCAUCCUUAACUCUCCAGUCUGUGGGAAAGUCUGCCCUUUAGCCCACUCGAUUUAUUUUAUUUUUUAAUGCCAAGAAGUACAUUAGGUACAUUCAAACCCAGAGACACCUGAUGGACUCGGGAAGGACAUAAGGAGGUUAGUAAAGUAUGUCUCAGUCUUGCAAUCCAAACAUUUGGGAAACAGAGGCAGGAGGAUCACCGCGAGUUCCAGCCUAGUUCUGUCUCAAAAGGAGGUAAAUGGGUAUGGGGGUGAAUGCCUUUAGUUCUAGCACUCCAGAGGCAGGGACAGAUGGAUCUCGGUAAGUUUUAGGCCAAUCUGGUCUACACAAGCGAGCUCCAGGAAGACUAGAGCUACAAAGAGAGACGCUGCCUCGAAACAACAAAACAGAGGCGUCAGGGGUUGAAGCUGAGGUGUGUGAUGGGUAGCUAGCCCUCACAAUGCCAAGGUUAGAUUUACGCAUGCUCCUUUGCCCCUGCGCGGCCCAUCCCCCGCAAACCCCUUGCCCUGUCCCCAUCCCCCGGCUCUGCAAGCUCUCUGGGCUCAGCCCCUUGCUCAGGACCUUUUCGCCCCGCCCCUCGCCCCGCCCACACACCUAGCCCCGCCCCACGUCCCUUGUGCUCCGGACUUUACGACGGUGCGGGCGCUUUCCGGCCUGCCGCGCGUGUGUUGACGUGUCGAGGAGGCGGAGCCUAAGACAGCGAAGUCCUGGGAUUCCGCACGCUCGGACCCAGCUGCACAGCUUCAUCUGUCCCUGCAGUCAUGGCUUUGCACCGUGGCUCUGCACGGGCCGCUACCGCCUCAGAUAAAGUGCAGAAAAACAAGUCCGCGCGGACAUCAGGGCUCAGCCAGGGCAGCCGCAUGGAGAAACUUUUGGGGUUUGAAUGGACAGAUUUAUCUAGCUGGCAGAGUGUCGUGGCCCUGCUUAACCGACCAACGGACCCCGCAAACCUGGCUGUCUUUCGUUUUCUCUUUGCGUUCUUGAUGCUGCUGGACAUUCCCCAGGAACGAGGCCUUAGCUCCUUGGACCGGAAGUACUUGGAUGGGCUGGAUGUGUGCCGCUUCCCCUUGCUGGAUGCCUUGCGCCCGCUGCCACUUGACUGGAUGUAUCUUGUCUACACCAUCAUGUUUCUGGGGGCUCUGGGCAUGUUGCUGGGCCUGUGCUACCGGCUAAGCUGUGUGUUGUUCCUGCUCCCGUACUGGUACGUGUUCCUCCUGGACAAGACAUCGUGGAACAACCACUCCUAUCUGUAUGGUCUGUUGGCCUUUCAGUUGACAUUCAUGGAUGCAAACCACUACUGGUCUGUGGAUGGCCUGCUGAAUGCCCAAAAGAAAAAUGCCCAUGUUCCCCUUUGGAACUACACGGUCCUAAGAGGCCAGAUCUUCAUUGUGUAUUUCAUUGCGGGUGUGAAAAAGCUAGAUGCAGACUGGGUUGAGGGCUACUCCAUGGAACACUUGUCCCGACAUUGGCUCUUCAGUCCCUUCAAGCUGGUGUUGUCCGAGGAGCUAACAAGCCUGCUGGUGGUGCACUGGUGUGGCCUUCUCCUUGACCUCUCAGCUGGCUUCCUGCUCUUUUUUGAUGCCUCGAGAUCCAUUGGCCUCUUCUUCGUGUCCUACUUCCACUGCAUGAAUUCGCAGCUCUUCAGCAUCGGUAUGUUUCCCUAUGUCAUGCUGGCCAGCAGCCCCCUCUUCUGCUCAACCGAAUGGCCUCGGAAGCUGGUAGCCCGGUGCCCCAAAAGGCUGCAGAAGCUGCUGCCCACCAAAGAUGCUCCUCAGCCUAGUGCUUCCUGUGUGUAUAAGAGGGCCCGCGCCAGAGCUGGCCCAAAGGUGGGGCUGCGCCACCAGCUGGGAGCUGUCUUCACCCUGCUCUACCUUCUGGAGCAGCUCUUCCUGCCGUAUUCCCAUUUCCUCACCCAGGGUUAUAACAACUGGACAAAUGGGCUGUACGGCUAUUCCUGGGACAUGAUGGUACACUCCCGCUCCCACCAGCAUGUCAAGAUCACCUACCGUGAUGGCCUCACUGGCGAGCUUGGCUACCUUAACCCUGGGGUAUUCACACAGAGCCGGCGAUGGAAGGACCAUGCAGACAUGCUGAAGCAAUAUGCCACCUGCCUGAGCCUCCUGCUUCCCAAGUACAAUGUCACUGAGCCCCAGAUCUACUUUGAUAUUUGGGUCUCCAUCAAUGACCGCUUCCAGCAGAGGCUUUUUGACCCUCGUGUGGACAUCGUGCAGGCUGUCUGGUUCCCCUUCCAGCGCACACCUUGGGUGCAGCCACUCUUGAUGGACUUGUCUCCCUGGAGGACCAAGUUACAGGACAUUAAGAGCAGUCUGGACAACCACACUGAGGUGGUCUUCAUUGCAGAUUUCCCUGGUCUUCACCUGGAGAAUUUUGUGAGUGAAGACCUGGGCAACACUAGCAUCCAGCUGCUGCAGGGAGAGGUCACUGUGGAACUGGUAGCAGAAGAGAAAAACCAGACUCUUCAGGAGGGAGACAAAAUGCAGUUGCCUGCUGGAGAGUACCACAAAGUCUAUACUGUGUCAUCUAGUCCUUCCUGCUACAUGUACGUCUAUGUCAACACUACAGAGGUCGCCCUGGAGCAAGACCUGGCCUAUCUGCAGGAAUUAAAGGAGAAGGUGGAGAACGGGAGUGAAACGGGGCCUCUGCCUCCAGAACUUCAGCCUCUUUUGGAAGGGGAAGUAAAAGGGGGCCCUGAGCCAACACCUUUGGUCCAGACCUUUCUAAGACGGCAGCGGAAACGCCAAGAAAUUGAACGCCGGCGAAAUAGCCCUUUGCAUGAGCGACUCCUGCGCUUCUUGCUGCGAAAGCUGUAUAUCUUCCGACGCAGCUUCCUGAUGACUCGAAUUUCACUCCGAAAUCUGCUCUUAGGCCGCCCUUCCCUAGAGCAGCUAGCCCAAGAGGUGACGUACGCAAACCUGCGACCAUUUGAACCAGUUGACGAGUCAGGUGCUCCCAACCCCGACUCUUCAAACCCGACCCCUGCAGAGCCAGAUGCCGAGCAUGUUCACUCAGAGUUGUGAGGAAGUCCAGAUGUUCUGUGCGGUGUGGGGACAGCCUGUUACAGGUUUGCUGCCUGUGCAGAGAUGUUUAUUGGAGAAAAAUCAUCUAUUUUGAGACAGGCUUUUACAAUACAGCCCAGGCUGGCCUCAAACUCAUGGUAGCUCCUCUGCUUCAGCCUCUCAGUGGUUACAUGUACAUCACCAAACCUAGUUUUUUCCUUUAACAUUCCCCCUUAUAAGUUCUUAAAGAUGAUAGCUUAUAGAAUCCAAGGCAACAGAGAAUUUGAAGAAUUGAGGGCUCUUUUUAGAAGCAAUAUGAACUAUCCUCUUACAGUAAAGGGUUUCCCCCUCAAUACAGAGUUUCUCUGUGUAGCCCUGACUGUUUCGGAACUGUCUGUAGACCAGGCUGAGCUUCAACUCAGAAAUUUUAUGCACCACCACCGACUGGUUCCUAAGUCAUUUUUAAGCUGGUUCUUUAGGAAAAGGAAUGUUCCACAAUUAACCCAUGUGUUUGCUAUGUGCCUGGUACUGUUUGAAGCAGUGUACCUGAAUUAUCAUACUCAGUACUUGAAGAAGCAUUGGUCUUAAAUGCUCAAAUUUUACCUUUGGAGAAAAGAAAGCAAGUGGGUUGACAAUUUGAACUGGUAUCUGUUAGACUUAAGGUCUUAUAUACUGCUGUUUAAUGAUUUUUCAGAACCACUGACAGUAAAGCUGAAGCAGUAUAGCUUAAAACUUGUGUUAAUCUAAGUGAUUAAGAUGGUCAGGUACUAAAUGCACAAAGUAAUUCUGUAUUUACAAUUCCUUUUUAUAGCAAGUUUUUCAGUAGCAGUGAUAUCAGAAUAGGCACUACUAAAUAGGGAAGCCAGAUGGCUUGCUUUAGUAUAAAUCAGCUUACUGAAUGGCAGCUAAGCCAUGACUGAGUCAUAAGCCUUGAGGUUUUCCUUUUCCUUACAUUUGUCAAGCCCCAUCACAUCUUCUAUUCAUCCUAUUUUUACUUCUACUAUCGGCCUAUUCCUUUACCCUUUAUACUGGCUGUAAUCUAUUUAGGAAUAGACCAAGACAGGGCCACCACCUUUUUUUGCACAGGUUGGGCCCAAGUAUGGAGACCAAAAGUCCCUCUUAAUAUAUACAAAGCAUUGUAUAUAGGCUACUGAUGGCCAUGCAGAGAGCUCUGAUCAUUUUCUCAAAUAGGAAGAACCCUAGUUUGCAUUCUUCUUCAUGAUCUUUUCUUACAGUAACACCAUGAAUACACCUUGGCACUAUGUCCUUUCCAAGUUCAGCUACUUUCCUUGUUUCCUUAACCUGUCUGUCACCUUUGACUAGCAAGAAAAGGGUUUUUGUUCGGGAGGGGUGUCUUUCAAACUUGUGCUGAGAAAUGAACCCAGGUUUCAUGCAAAGUACUUAAGUUUGUAGAAAGAUGCUGCUUCCAUGCUUACUUACUACCUGACUUUUCCCCAAGGAAAACAUUGGGAUGAAUUAAGUAGAGAUGAGGGCAUUACUAAUAAUUUAACUUGCUUGGGACUAGAGAUGGAGCUCCGUUAGUUUACCUUUUGAUCUCAGCACUGUGUAAGUGGAGCUCUAUGAUACAUACCUGUGACCUCAGCAGAGGCAGGAAGAUCAGUUCAAAGCCAGCAUAGGGAGAGGUGAAACUAUCUGGUCGAAGGAAGUUUAUUAGCAUUGCCAGAGAAACUAGGCUCUCCAACUACAAUUGCUCUGGCAAUGGAUUGUUGAUGUCUUUUUAAAAAGCCAAGGGGAACCUGGGCUACCAAGUGAGUUCCAGGAAAGGCGCAAAGCUACACAGAGAAACCCUGUCUCGAAAAACCAAAAAAAAAAGCCAAGGGGCCUAGCAUUAUACAUGUAGCAAAAUUAAAAAAUACAAAUUUCCUUUCAAUGUUAAGAAUUUGUAUCCCAUGUUACUAUCUCCAGUGUACACUACAUUCUUGUCCUUAGCACUGAACCCGCUGCCACGCUUUUACUUUUUCUGUUUUCCCUGGUCUAGCUAGUGUUCAUAUACCUAGUAUUUUUAGGACAUACUCUGCCCUAAAUCACUGUUGUAGUCUGAGGUCCAGAUCUCAAGCACAUCUGUGCAGUUCAGCAAUUCUGAGAUGGCCUCACUUAGACCAGGCUAUCCCCAAAGAUAAAUUCUGUAGCAGAGGACAAUCUUGAACUCCGAAUCAGCUGGUAUUGCAGUUAUUAUUACUGUGUUUGGACUUUUUGAGACAGGGUCUAUUAUGUAGCCCUAGCUGCCCUAGGACUAUGUAUACCAGAUCUGGCUGUUUCCCAGCAUUUGGGACCACAGGCAUGUGCCACUACAGCCAACCCAGCAAUUUAAAAAUUCUCCACAGCUGUUCUGGCUACUAAGCAACAUUCAUAUAUCUCAUUCCUGCCCCUAGCCAACACAAGGUUAUUCACAAUGGAACGGCAUCUAAAGACUUGAGAUGAAGAACUGCUCAAGAACCCAAGUUUGUGGUCUCUGGAAUGCUGGGAUUCCAAGUAUGAGCCACAGAGGGUUUUGUUUGCCAUAAAUUAAAGCUGUACUUUUGGGAAAUUUGUUCCAUUAUUUUAAUAAACUUCAAAGUCUCUUAAAAUGUU